UACUUAUUAGUCUAAACUUCCCGCCACUUCCCCAAUCAGCUUGCAAAAUUGCGUCUUUGCCUGUCAGAAGCUAUGGAAGAGGGAGGCUUAGCUGCCACUAGUGGAUUUCUUCAGGAAAAGCAAGAUUCUGACCAGAGUGUUUCCGAAGAAGAGGAUAUGGAUGAUGACAAAUGGCUGACAAAUGACAAUUCUCUGAGUGGACCCUCAGGAAACAAGGGAGGUAUUGGAGUCCUUUCCCAGCUUGAACUACUAACAGAUGUCAAAAGACUUCAUCACUCAGCCCACACAUUGAAUUCUCAUCAGCUGCAGAAGCAAACAGGCUUAUGCAAAGAAGAUGACGUUGAAGUUCCUUCUUUUAAGAGUCAGGGUGGUGACUUCAUCAACAAAAACGACCACUGGAUGGCAUUGUCUUGCUGCUUAGAUGACGGAUUUAGUCACGUUUCUAGAACGACACCUACUUCUAAUUCAGAAGAGGAAAUUAUGUCCGAUGAUGAGAUGAGGCCUUCUGCUGAUGGAAAUUUAAGAAGAGAUGGUAAAAGCACAUUGCCUAAAGUUAGUGCAGAAUGCAAAUCAGGAGUUUUCUUGAAUAAAGAUGCUGGUUCUUCAUCGUCGUACAGUGCCUCAUCAAAGUUGAACAGAUCAUCUAAAGGACGCCGGGGCAAAUCUAAGCCCAAAUUUUUGUUCCAAUCCUGGCCGCUGAAGAAGGAUUUUGCUUUGGUUGUCCAUGAUACUUGUCAAACCAGCACACCGUUAUCUGUUCUUCCCCUAAAUGUAGAAUUAGACAUGCAAAGAAAUAAUAUAGAGGCACUGGAUGACUUAUUGGAGGAUUUUGGUGGAAAAGAAAUACAGCAGUUCGAGGAGGAUUUUGGUGGAAAUGACAUACAGCAGUUCGAGGAGGAUUUUGGUGGAAAUGAAAUACAACAGUUCCAGAAGCAUUUGGUGCCAUCUGAAGUAGCAGUUGUACAUGAUCCAAAUGAACAUUCCAUGGCCGAGUUUCUGGAUCACUUUCAGCAUACAAGUUCCCGACCACAAGGCAAUUCUAGAAUGCAGCUGCAAACAAAAAGACAAGGAUCACGGUUCUUACAGAAGAGAAACUUAUUGCUGCUCGGUGACAGAAACAUGAGCAAUGACGACCAACCUGAGGCACUAGAUAGUGACUCAUCUACCGACGAGGAUGAAAUUCCCCAGAUUCUGCAGCCUGCUAUACCUCAGAGGACCAUGGCUGACCAAUUUCAUCUAGCAUUAGGAGCUGUAUCUACGAAUGAGAGGCUGUCUAUUGCAAGGCCUAGGCAAUUCGGAUUAUCUGGAAAGUUGCAGCAGCUAAUGCAAUGUGAAAAGGACAGAGAUACAUAUUUCUUGGAGAAGUCACAAACACAUGAUGCUUCAAGUGGUGCAAAAAGCUUCAUUGAUGUGAGAAUUUUGUCAUGUUCUUUGGAGGCCAAGCUGACUGUUUGUUUUUGUGCUUUACUUGGAGAUGAAGAGGUACUUGGACUAACUAUUGGUACUGAAUGCCUGAGCAAUCCUCAAAAAAGAAAGGGUACUGGAGGAAGGAAGUUAACUAUCAUUUUUAGCUCAAGAAUCUGUAAAGAUGUCGAGCUGGAAAUAGGGAAUUUUAUCCGCAUACAUCAGCCUUGGAAAGAGGUACACGUGAAUGAGAAAGAUGAGUCUAUCAUUUUAUGUGCAUAUUUCUCUCAGAUUUAGUCCUUGGAUCGCAUUUUAUACCAAGGUAAUAGCAAGGUUUUUAGAAAUAAAUGUUGUACUUUGCCCUUCCCCUCUAUUUGCCUUAUAGAUUACAAUAUAUUAGAAGCUUAUUUUGUCCUUUUUGGACACGAGUUUUAUCCGAGACUACUGCUAAAUGUAUGAAGGUGAUCGGAUCACUUUAUUUAUUUUGAGCCUCAUUGGAUUGGUGGGAGUUCUAGUCCUGACUUUCUAUGCUCUUUAAGUAGGCUCAUCACAGAUCUUAUCCAAUAGAAUGACCACAUGUAUGCAGAAAGGGAAAUCAGUAGUUAGGGCAGGAGCCAAAGAAAUUGGUCAUCAUGUCAGUGUGGAUGGAUGUUGAAUCAACAAAGUUCGAUCUUGUAGCUUAAAAACUGAGCUUCGAGCUGCCAUUGUUGGGCAUGGUGAAGGACAAUGCAACUGUGGCAGAAAAUAAAGACAAUCUUGGAAAGAUCCUUGAUGUAUACGAGGUGAGACUAAGGGAAUUAAAACUUGGGAGGAGACAGCUUCCCCUGGCAGAUAUGCACUAUGUCCCAGUUACAGUACUUAAUCGGAACUAUAUCCAAGGAUGCAUUUAAUUCUCAUCCUCAUGUAAGAGUUUGGUGUGUAAAAAAUGUUGAAACUCUAGCCCUUAUUUAAUUAGAGGAUCAUGGUACUUCCCAUAAAAUGGAAAUUCUUGAUCAAUGGAGGAAGAAUAUUGAUUAAUUAGCUGGAGAAGGGACAUUUGACUUCCUCGCUUCAUUCUUCCAUACAAGUGGACGAAGAAACGUUCACCUUUCAAAGUUUUGCAUUCAUUUUUAUCUUA